AUGUCUUCUUCCGGCGCCAACGACGGCGAGAAAAUGGUGAGACUGAGAACCAACGACGGCGAGGAGUUCGAGGUGGCGGAGUCCGUGGCGGCGCUGUCACAGACUAUCAAGUUCGUGGUGGAGGAUUCAAGCAUGGGCGAAAACUCCGUUAUCCCAUUACCCAAAGUCGACGGAGAGACGCUCGCGAAGAUUCUCGAGUACUGCGAAGUGCACACCGCCGCCGGAAAAACCAAUGCCGAGAAGAAGGAGUUCGACCAGAAGUUCGUGGAGGUGGAGCAGGCGGAGCUUUACGUUCUUCUCACGGCGGCGGACUAUCUGGCGAUAAGCGAGUUGAAGGAGAAGCUGGUCCGUAGAGUUGUGGACAUGAUCAAAGGCAAAACCCCUGAGGAGAUCAGAAAGACAUUCAACAUGGAGAACGACUUAUCGCCGGAGGAAGAAGAGGAGAUCAGAAAUGAGAAUCCUUGGGCGCUUUGA